UAUUUUGCAAAACUAAAUUAAAAUUGUACAGUAACUCAUUCCCUCACUCUCACUCUCACUCUCACAACACAACAAUGAGUCGCAAGAGAGACAGGUCCCACUUUUCCCGCCACGACGCCGCAAAGCGCCGCCGCCCCUUGCCGGAGCCCGCGGAGGAGGAGAGACCCACUAUAAGGCCGCCGCCGCCGUCCGCGGUGGUCGUCAUGGGCCUCCCCCAGGACUGCUCCGUCCUCGAUCUCAAGUCCCGAUUCGAGAUCUACGGCGCCAUCUCCCGCAUCCGCAUCGACCGCGACGCCGUUGGCUACAUCACCUACCGGACCAGGGACUCCGCCGACGCCGCCAUCGCCGCCGGCCUCGACCCCUCCUUUGAAAUCACCGUUAAUUCCAAAAAGGUUCAGGUGUUGUGGGCAACGGAUCCUCUGGCCAUGUGGAGGCAAGGAGUAGGUAAUAGCAAGGAUAAAGGGUCCAUGUCAAAGCUCGUGCGUGCUGAGGUACCCUUGAGCAAGCAUGGAAGAGGUAAAAGACUCGCGUCGACUAUAGGUAACACCAAACGCAGUGAGGAUAGCUCGGGUAGCUCAGUUUUAGACGUGCCUUUCAAGGGCAGAGAAAUUGUUGCAUAUGAUGAUAUCAAAAAAAUCCUAGAACGGUCAAUCAACAUGAUAUGGACCCAUAUGGAAGAGAAAGAUGAAUCAGAGAAACGAGUGUGGAGUUGGGGUGCUGGAACGGAGGGUCAGUUAAGAACAAAGAUUCUUCAAGACGAAAACUUCCCUCAACUCCUUCAUCAACCCUCUCUCUCCUCCGUCUCUUCCCUAGCCUGUGGCGGCGCUCAUGUCAUAGCCUUGACCUCUGCUGGGAAGGUGCUAUCACGGGGGAGGGGCAAUUCUGGCCAACUAGGCCACGGUGAGGUUGUGAGUAACGCUUUGUAUCCAAAGGCUGUAACAUCAUUGGAUGGUUACGUCAUAACCCAUGUCACCGCUGGCUGGAGCCACUCAGCUUUUGUUUCAGAUACUGGGUGUGUGUUCACUUGUGGGGAUGGCUCGUUUGGUCAACUGGGGCAUGGGGAUUAUGCCUCGCACUACUCUCCUGUCAAAGUGUCAUGCUUUGUUGAUCAGCAUGUUGCGCAGGUGGCAUGUGGCAUGCACCAUUCACUUGUCUUGUUAAAAGGUCGUUGUUGUUAUGCUGAUUGUGCAGGAAAUCAAGUUUAUGGAUUUGGCUCUGGGAAGCGUGGUCAACUGGGUGUCAACGAUAGGAUCAAAUCUGUUAAUGUUCCUAGAGUUGUCAGUGGCUUUGAAGGUGUUGAAAUCGUUGAAAUUGCUGCAAAUGGAGAUCAAAGUGCUACAGUAUCUGUUGAUGGGCAUGUUUACACCUGGGGAAGAGGCUUCAAGGGCUUUGAAGAUGCUCAUGUUCCUCAGUGCUUGAACUCGACUUUGAAUUUUACCAAAGUUGCUCUGGGAUGGAACCAUGCUUUAGCUAUGAGUGGUGAGGAGGAGGUUUAUAUGCUAGGUGGGAACCACCCUGGAGUGCUUAGUGAUCUUCAGAAUAUAAGACCGGCUAAGCAUUUAACUGGUAAUGCAUUUGAGUUACUUUGAACCAUAAAGACAUCAUAACUUAUGUAGUUUCUUGCAGCAUAGAUCUCUCAUCCUUUAGAAUGUCACUUAUUGCCAUCGAGUUCCAUAUUUAUAGAUUUGAACUAUUCAUUCGCUGUCAUCAUCAUCCAUAACAUGGCCGAAUUUUUUAUGGAAGUAGAAUUUUUUGAAAUUUUUUACCAAAAAUGCACCUAUUACACUUUAUUUACACGUUUAG